UCGUAAUGGAAGUGCCCUCAUCAGACACAACUCAAGCUGACUCUAUCGGGUCGGUUAUUGAUGAUGAGGAAGCUCCUGAUGUCGUCUUGGCAUGUACGGAGGUCUGGGCACCUCUACUGGAAGGGCUGGCAAUAGAGUGUUCAGUUAUCGAUAUCGAUCAGGACUUCGUAGACUACCUCAAUGAGGAUGGUCUUGAUGGUGGAGGCUUGGUCAUGGGUAGGAGGGACUCUGAUAGUGAUAGCGAUUGGGAAUAUGAUGGGCCUGAUUCGUAUCCUACCGGCUCAACCUUGGCAGAAAGAUUCCCUGUCUUGAACACGCGUGUUGAGGAGGCUAUCGGAGGAUUCGGGGGUUUCGCCUUUCCUAAGUUGUCCUGGUCGGCCCCGACUGAUGCUGAAUGGGUUCGAGGCCCUGAUGGGAUGAAGUGCCGCAACUUGGAUGAAAUUACUGUUCUGUUGAAGGCGAGUGACUUCGCACAAUUCGACCUCCAACGACUGGCGAUUCCCGAAAGUCAACGACAACUCGUGCCUUUGCCCAAGUUGAUUUUGAAGCCCUUUAUUGAGCCCUUCCACGAGACGCUGGAGUUUAGGUGUUUCGUGAGGGGUGGGACAUUACGAGCGUUGUGUCCGAGGCAUCUUACUGGUCAUUUGCCAUUCUUAUACGAUAUGAUGUAUGGUCAAGAGCAGGGGCUUGAAGAGUUGCGUCGGUUUAUUGAUGAUCAAGUAAUGAGACGCUUAUCGAGUGGAGACUAUGAUAAGGUCGUCAUUGAUGUGUAUAAGCAUAGGAAGAGGUAUGUUGUGGUCGAUUUGGCCCCGUGGGAUGAGGAGCUUACUGACCCGCUGUUGUACACUUGGGAGGAGCUUGAGGAGUUUGAUGGGGAUGUAGAGUGGCGUGAGGUCCCUAAAGGGGCGAUGCCGACUAACCCAAGUGCAGUGCGGAAACGAGCUUCUCGCAUGCCAGUGGAAGUCGCUCAGCAGCUGCUAUUACAUGGUGGAGAUGUGGAGAAGUUGGUCGAUUCAUUACGUUAA